AUGGAUUGUUUUUCACUGUUAAUAACUGUUGGCUUGUUUGUUUCCUCGAUUUUUCUUUAUUCUGCAUGGAAUGGUAGAAGAAAGAAAGAUAAAGGUGGCAACUUGGCUAGAAAAGCGCCUGAACCGAAGGGUGCUUGGCCAAUUCUAGGCCACCUCCACUUGUUGGGUGGCGCUAAUCAGCUUCUGUAUCGAACUCUUGGUGCUAUGGCUGAUGAAUACGGGCCAGCAUUCAAUAUACGCCUUGGUAGUCAACAAGCUUUUGUGGUGAGCAAUUGGGAAGUAGUGAAAGAAUGCUUCACUGUAAAUGACAAAGCUCUUGCGAGUCGGCCUAUGACUGUUGCUGCUAAGCACAUGGGCUAUAAUUAUGCAGUGUUUGGGUUUGCUCCCUACAGCCAUUUCUGGCGUGAGAUGAGAAAGAUUGCUACAUUUGAACUUCUUUCGAAUCGGCGCCUUGAAAUGUUCAAGCAUGUUCGAGUUUCUGAAAUCGACAUGGGGAUCAAGGAGCUAUACAAAUUAUGGAUACAGAAUGGAUCUUGUCCAUUGCUUGUUGAACUUAAUCGAUGGCUUGAAGAUUUGACACUGAAUUUAAUUGUUCGUAUGGUGGCUGGAAAACGAUAUUUUGGUGCUGGGAGUACAUGUGAUGAUACAGAGGCAAGGCGAUGUCAAAAGGCGAUUGGCGAGUUCUUCCAUCUAAUUGGGAUUUUUACCUUAUCAGAUGCAUUUCCAAAUAUGCGGUGGAUGGAUUUUCAAGGGCACGAAAAGGCCAUGAAGAGGACUGCCAAGGCGCUCGACUCCAUUCUUGAGAGCUGGCUAGAAGAGCAUCGCCAAAGACGAAAAUCUGAUGAAAUUGAACCAACGAGCAACGAGAACGACUUCAUUGACAUAAUGUUAUCCCUACAAAAGGAAGAGCGACUUUCUGGUUUUCAAUACGAUUCAGACACGAGUAUCAAGUCUACUUGCCUAGCACUUAUUCUUGGUGGGAGUGACACAUCCGCAGGCACACUAACAUGGGCUAUUUCAUUACUCUUGAACAACAAAGAUUUGCUGAAAAAGGCUCAAGAAGAAAUAGAUUCUCAUGUUGGGACAAAGAGACAAGUCGAUGAAUCAGACAUAAAAGACCUUGUGUAUCUUCAAGCCAUUAUCAAAGAAACCCUAAGGUUAUAUCCAGCAGGUCCACUUCUAGGACCCCGUGAAGCUAUGGAAGAUUGCACCAUAGCUGGCUAUAACGUUCCCGCAGGCACUCGGUUGAUAGUAAAUGUAUGGAAAAUCCAAAGGGAUCCAACAGUUUGGAACAAUCCAUCUGAUUUCAAACCUGAAAGAUUCUUGACUAGCCAUAUAGAUGUCGAUGUAAAAGGCCAGCAAUUUGAACUUAUUCCCUUUGGCUCGGGGCGGCGUUCGUGUCCAGGUGCAUCGUUUGCUCUCCAAGUUUUGCAUCUCACUCUAGCCCGUCUCCUCCAAGCUUUCGACUUUGCUACGCCAAUGAACCAGCCAGUUGAUAUGAAAGAAAGCCCUGGUUUAACCAUACCGAAGGCAACGCCAUUAGAGGUUCUCCUAACUCCACGCCUAUCGACCGGGCUCUAUGUUGAAGGGUGCAUUGCUUGA